AUGGAAAAAUCAUCGAACGACCUAAAUGGCAUUGCAUAUUCCGAUGGCCCAUGGUCUCCCAUCACCCCGCCCCAUUCUCCCGCUUUCCAUCACCCCGCCCCAUUCUCCCGCUUUCCAUCACCCCGCCCCAUUCUCCCGCUUUCCAUCACCCCGCCCCAUUCUCCCGCUUUCCAUCACCCCGCCUCAUUUCCCGCUUUCCAUCACCUCGCCCAUUCUCCCGCUUUCCAUCACCCCGCCCUAUUCUCCCGCUUUCCAUCACCCCGCCCCAUUCUCCCGCUUUCCAUCACCACGCCCCAUUCUCCCGCUUUCCAUCACCCCGCCCCAUUCUCCCGCUUUCCAUCAACCCGCCCCAUUCUACCGCUUUCCAUCACCCCGCCCCAUCCUCCCGCUUUCCAUCACCCCGCCCCAUCCUCCCGCUUUCCAUCACUCCGCCCCAUCCUCCCGUUUUCCAUCACCCCGGCCCAUUCUCCCGCUUUCCAUCACCCCGCCCCAUUCUCUUGCUUUCCAUCACCCCGCCCCAUUCUCCCGCUUUCCAUCACCCCGCCCCAUUCUCCCGCUUUCCGUCAUCCCGCCCCAUUCUCCCGCUUUCCAUCACUUCGCCCCAUUCUCCCGCUUUCCAUCACCCCGCCCCAUUCUCCCGCUUUCCAUCACCCCGCCCCGUUCUCCCGCUUUCCAUCACCCCGCCCCAUUCUCCCUCUUUCCAUGACCCCGCCCCAUUCUCUCGCUUUCCAUCACCCCGCCCCUUUCUCUCGCUUUCCAUCACCCCGCCCCAUUCUCCCUCUUUCCAUCACCCCACCCCAUUCUCCCUCUUUCCAUCACCCCACCCCAUUCUCCCACUUUCCAUCACCCCGCCCCAUUCUGUGCUUUCCAUCACCCCACCCCAUUCUCCCGCUUUCCAUCACCCCGCCCCAUCCUCCCUCCUUCCAUCACCCUGCCCCAUUCUCCCGCUUUCCAUCACCCCGCUCCAUCCUCCCUCCUUCCAUCACCCCGCCCCAUUCUCCCGCUUUCCAUCACCCCGCUGCAUUCUCCCUCCUUCCAUCACCCUGCCCCAUUCUCCCUCUUUCCAUCAACCCGCCCCAUUCUCCCGCUUUCCAUCACCCCGUUCCAUUCUCCCGCUUUCCAUCACCCCGCCCCAUUCUCCCGCUUUCCAUCAUCCCGCCCCAUUCUCCCUCUUUCCAUCACCCCGCACCAUUCUCCCACUUUCCAUCACCCCGCCCCAUUUUCCCGCUUUCCGUAACCCCGCCCCAUUCUCCCGCUUCUUAUCACCCCGCCCCAUUAUCCCGCUUUCCAUCACCCCGCCCCAUUCUCCCGCUUUCCAUCACCCCGCCGCAUUCUCCCUCCUUCCAUCACCCUGCCCCAUUCUCCCUCUUUCCAUCAACCCGCCCCAUUCUCCCGCUUCCAUCACCCCGCCCCAUUCUCCCUCUUUCCAUCACCCUGCCCCAUUCUCUCGCUUUCCAUCACCCCGCCCCAUUCUCCCGCUUUCCAUCACCCCGCCCCAUUCUCCCCCUUUCCAUCACCCCGCCCUAUUCUCCCGCUUUCCAUCACCCCGCCCCAUUCUCCGUCUUUCCAUCACCCCGCCCCAUUCUCCCUCUUUCCAUCACCCCGCCCCAUUCUCCCUCUUUCCAUCACCCCGCCCCAUUCUCCCGCUUUCCGUCACCCCGCCCCAUUCUCCCGCUACCCAUCACCCCACCCCAUUCUCCCUCUUUCCAUCACCCCGCCUCAUUCUCCCGCUUUCCAUCACCCCGCCCCAUUCUCCCGCUUUCCGUCACCCCGCCCCGUUCUCCCGCUUUCCAUCACCCCGCCCCAUUCUCCCGCUUUCGAUCACCCCGCCCCAUUCUCCCGCUUUCCAUCACCCCGCCCCAUUCUCCCGCUUUCCAUCACCCCGCCCCGUUCUCCCACUUUCCAUCACCCCGCCCCAUUCUCCCUCUUUCCAUCACCCCGCCCAAUUCUCCCGCUUUCCAUCACCCCGCCCCAUUCUCCCGCUUUCCAUCACCCCGCCCCAUUCUCCCUCUUUCCAUCACCCCGCCCCCUUCUCCCUCUUUCCAUCACCCCGCCCCAUUCUCCCAAUUUCCAUCACCCCGCCCCAUUCUCCCGAUUUCCAUCACCCCGCCCCAUUCUCCCGCUUCCCAUCACCCCGCCCUAAUCUCCCGCUUUCCAUCACCCCGCCCCAUUCUCCCGCUUUCCAUCACCCCGCCCCAUUCUCCCGCUUUCCAUCAUCCCGCCCCAUCUUCCCUCCUUCCAUCACCCCGCCCCAUUCUCCCGCUUUCCAUCACCCCGCUCCAUCCUCCCUCCUUCUAUCACCCCGCCCCAUUCUCCCGCUUUCCAUCACCCCGCCGCAUUCUCCCUCCUUCCAUCACCCCGUCCCAUUCUCCCUCUUUCCAUCACCCCGCCCCAUUCUCCCGCUUUCCAUCACCCUGCCCCAUUCUCCCGCUUUCCAUCACCCCGCCUUAUUCUCCCGCUUUCCAUCACCCCGCCCCAUUCUCCCUCUUUCCACCACCCCGCACCAUUCUCCCGCUUUCCAUCACCCCGCCCCAUCCUCCCUCCUUCCAUCACCCCGCCCAUUCUCCCGCUUUCCAUCACCCCGCUCCAUCCUCCCUCCUUCUAUCACCCCGCCCUAUUCUCCCGCUUUCCAUCACACUGCCGCAUUCUCCCUCCUUCCAUCACCCCGCCCCAUUCUCCCGCUUUCCAUCACCCCGUUCCAUUCUCCCGCUUUCCAUCACCCCGCCCCAUUCUCCCUCUUUCCAUCACCCAGCCCCAUUCUCCCUCUUUCCAUCACCCCGCACCAUUCUCCUGCAUUCCAUCACCCCGCCCCAUUCUCCCGCUUUCCAUAACCCCGCCCCAUUCUCCCGCUUCCUAUCACCCCGCCCCAUUCUCCCGCUUUCCAUCAUCCCGCCCCAUUCUCCCUCUUCCCAUCACCCUGCUCCAUUCUCCCGCUUUCCAUCACCCCAUCUUAACCUCCCUCCUUCCAUCACCCCGCCCCAUUCUCCCUAUUUCCAUCACCCCGCCCCAUUCUCCCUCUUUCCAUCACCCCGCCCCAUUCUCCCGCUUCCCAGCACCCCGCCCCCACCCCGCCCCAUUCUCCCUCUUUCCAUCACCCCGCCCCAUUCUCCCGCUUUCCAUCACCCGCCCCAUUCUCCCGCUUUCCAUCACCCCGCCCCAUUCUCCCGCUUUCCAUCACCCUGCCCCAUUCUCCCUCUCCAUCACCCCGCCCCUCUCAUGCCUUCCCCCUCUCAUGCCUUCCCCCUCUCAUGCCUUCCCCCUCUCAUGCCUUCCCCCUCUCAUGCCUUCCCCCUCUCAUGCCUUCCCCCUCUCAUGCCUCCCCCCUCUCAUGCCUCCCCCCUCUCAUGCCUCCCCCCUCUCACGCCUCCCCCCUCUCAUGCCUCCCCCCUCUCAUGCCCCCCCCCUCUCAUGCCUCCCCCCUCUCAUGCCUACCCCCUCUCAUGCCUUCCCCCUCUCAUGCCUUCCCCCUCUCAUGCCUUCCCCCUCUCAUGCCUUCCCCCUCUCAUGCCUUCCCCCUCUCAUGCCUUCCCCCUCUCAUGCCUUCCCCCUCUCAUGCCUUCGCCCUCUCAUGCCUUCCCCCUCUCAUGCCUUCCCCCUCUCAUGCCUUCCCCCUCUCAUGCCUAUCCAUCACCCCGCCCCAUUCUCCCUCUUUCCAUCACCCCACCCCAUUCUCCCUCUUUCCAUCACCCCACCCCAUUCUCCCACUUUUCAUCACCCCGCCCCAUUCUGUGCUUUCCAUCACCCCGCCCCAUUCUCCCGCUUCCCAUCACGCCGCCCUAUUCUCCCGCUUUCCAUCACCCCGCCCCAUUCUCCAGCUUUCCAUCACCACGCCCCAUUCUCCCGCUUUCCAUCACCCCGCCCCAUCCUCCCUCCUUCCAUCACCCUGCCCCAUUCUCCCGCUUUCCAUCACCCCGCUCCAUCCUCCCUCCUUCCAUCACCCCGCUCCAUUCUCCCGCUUUCCAUCACCCCGCCGCAUUCUCCCUCCUUCCAUCACCCUGCCCCAUUCUCCCUCUUUCCAUCAACCCGCCCCAUUCUCCCGCUAUCCAUCACCCCGUUCCAUUCUCCCGCUUUCCAUCACCCCGCCCCAUUCUCCCGCUUUCCAUCACCACGCCCCAUUCUCCCUCUUUCCAUCACCCCGCACCAUUCUCCCACUUUCCAUCACCCCGCCCCAUUCUCCCGCUUUCCGUAACCCCGCCCCAUUCUCCCGCUUCCUAUCACCCCGCCCCAUUCUCCCGCUUUCCAUCACCCCGCCCCAUUCUCCCGCUUUCCAUCACCCUGCCACAUUCUCCCUCUUUCCAUCACCCCGCCCCUUCUUCCGCUUUCCAUCACCUCGCCCCAUUCUCCCGCUUCCAUCACCCCGCCCCAUUCUCCCUGUUUCCAUCACCCCGCCCCAUUCGCUCGCUUUCCAUCACCCCGCCCCAUUCUCCCGCUUUCCAUCACCCCGCCCCAUUCUCCCCCUUUCCAUCACCCCGCCCCAUUCUCCCGCUUUCCAUCACCCCGCCCCAUUCUCCCUCUUUCCAUCACCCCGCCCCAUCCUCCCGCUUUCCAUCACACCGCCCCAUUCUCCCGCUACCCAUCACCCCACCCCAUUCUCCCUCUUUCCAUCACCCCGCCUCAUUCUCCCGCUUUCCAUCACCGCGCCCUAUUCUCCCGCUUUCCGUCACCCCGCCCCAUUCUCCCGCUUUCCAUCACCCCGCCCCAUUCUCCCGCUUUCCAUCACCCCGCCCCAUUCUCCCGCUUUCCAUCACCCCGCCCCGUUCUCCCGCUUUCCAUCACCCCGCCCCAUUCUCCCUCUUUCCAUCACCCCGCCCCAUUCUCUCGCUUUCCAUCACCCCGCCCCAUUCUCCCGCUUUCCAUCACCCCCCCCCAUUCUCCCGCUUUCCAUCACCCCGGCCCAUUCUCCCUCUUUCCAUCACCCCGCCCCAUUCUCCCUCUUUCCAUCACCCCGCCCCAUUCUCCAAAUUUCCAUCACCCCGCCCCAUUCUCCCGAUUUCCAUCACGCCGCCCCAUUCUCCCGCUUCCCAUCACCCCGCCCUAUUCUCCCGCUUUCCAUCACCCCGCCCCAUUCUCCCGCUUUCCAUCACCCCGCCCCAUUCUCCCGCUUUCCAUCAUCCCGCCCCAUCUUUCCUCCUUCCAUCACCUCGCCCCAUUCUCCCGCUUUCCAUCACCCCACUCCAUCCUCCCUCCUUCCAUCACCCCGCCCCAUUCUCCCGCUUUCCAUCACCCCGCCGCAUUCUCCCUCCUUCCAUCACCCCGCCCCAUUCUCCCUCUUUCCGUCACCCCGCCCCAUUCUCCCGCUUUCCAUCACCCUGCCCCAUUCUCCCGCUUUCCAUCACCCCGCCAUAUUCUCCCGCUUUCCAUCACCCCGCCCCAUUCUCCCUCUUUCCAUCACCCCGCACCAUUCUCCCGCCUUCCAUCACCCCGCCCUAUCCUCCCUCCUUCCAUCACCCCGCCCAUUCUCCGGCUUUCCAUCACCCCGCUCCAUCCUCCCUCCUUCCAUCACCCCGCCCCAUUCUCCCUCUUUCCGUCACCCCGCCCCAUUCUCCCGCUUUCCAUCACCCUGCCCCAUUCUCCCGCUUUCCAUCACCCCGCCAUAUUCUCCCGCUUUCCAUCACCCCGCCCCAUUCUCCCUCUUUCCAUCACCCCGCACCAUUCUCCCGCUUUCCAUCACCCCGCCCCAUCCUCCCUCCUUCCAUCACCCCGCCCAUUCUCCCGCUUUCCAUCACCCCGCUCCAUCCUCCCUCCUUCUAUCACCCCGCCCUAUUCUCCCGCUUUCCAUCACCCUGCCGCAUUCUCCCUCCUUCCAUCACCCCGCCCCAUUCUCCCUCUUUCCAUCACCCCGCCCCAUUCUCCCGCUUUCCAUCACCCCGUUCCAUUCUCCCGCUUUCCAUCACCCCGCCCCAUUCUCCCUCUUUCCAUCACCCCGCCCCAUUCUCCCUCUUUCCAUCACCCCGCACCAUUCUCCCGCUUUCCAUCACCCCGCCCCAUUCUCCCGCUUUCCAUAACCCGCCCCAUUCUCCCGCUUCCUAUCACCCCGCCCCAUUCUCCCGCUUUCCAUCACCCCGCCCCAUUCUCCCUCUUCCCAUCACCCCGCUCCAUUCUCCCGCUUUCCAUCACCCCAUCUUAACCUCCCUCCUUCCAUCACCCCGCCCUAUUCUCCUUCUUUCCAUCACCCCGCCCCAUUCUCCCUCUUUCCAUCACCCCGCCCCAUUCUCCCUCUUUCCAUCACCCCGCCCCAUUCUUUUCACCCCGCCCCGUUCUCCCGCUUUCCAUCACCCCGCCCCGUUCUCCCGCUUUCCAUCACCCCGCCCCAUUCUCCCGCUUUCCAUCACCCCGCCCCAUUCUCCCGCUUUCCAUCACCCCGCCCCAUUCUCCCGCUUUCCAUCACCCCGCCCCAUUCUCCCGCUUUCCAUCACCUCGCCCCUCUCAUGCCUUCCCCCUCUCAUGCCUUCCCCCUCUCAUGCCUUCCCCCUCUCAUGCCUUCCCCCUCUCAUGCCUUCCCCCUCUCAUGCCUUCCCCCUCUCAUGCCUCCCCCCUCUCAUGCCUUCCCCCUCUCAUGCCUUCCCCCUCUCAUGCCUUCCCCCUCUCAUGCCUUCCCCCUCUCAUGCCUUCCCCCUCUCAUGCCUUCCCCCUCUCAUGCCUUCCCCCUCUCAUGCCUUCCCCCUCUCAUGCCUUCCCCCUCUCAUGCCUUCCCCCAUCUCAUGCCUUCCCCCUCUCAUGCCUUCCCCCUCUCAUGCCUUCCCCCUCUCAUGCCUUCCCCCUCUCAUGCCUUCCCCCUCUCAUGCCUUCCCCCUCUCAUGCCUUCCCCCUCUCAUGCCUUCCCCAUCUCAUGCCUUCCCCCUCUCAUGCCUUCCCCCUCUCAUGCCUUCCCCCUCUCAUGCCUUCCCCCUCUCAUGCCUUCCCCCUCUCAUGCCUUCCCCCUCUCAUGCCUUCCCCCUCUCAUGCCUUCCCCCUCUCAUGCCGUCCCCCUCUCAUGCCUUCCCCCUCUCAUGCCUUCCCCCUCUCAUGCCUUCCCCCUCUCAUGCCUUCCCCCUCUCAUGCCUUCCCCCUCUCAUGCCUUCCCCCUCUCAUGCCUUCCCCCUCUCAUGCCUUCCCCUUCUCAUGCCUUCCCCCUCUCAUGCCUUCCCCCUCUCAUGCCUUCCCCCUCUCAUGCCUUCCCCCUCUCAUGCCUUCCCCCUCUCGUGCCUUCCCCCUCUCGUGCCUUCCCCCUCUCGUGCCGUCCCCCUCUCAUGCCUUCCCCCUCUCAUGCCUUCCCCCUCUCAUGCCUUCCCCCUCUCAUGCCUUCCCCCUCUCAUGCCUUCCCCUCUCAUGCCUUCCCCCUCUCAUGCCUUCCCUCUCUCAUGCCGUCCCCCUCUCAUGCCUUCCCCCUCUCAUGCCUUCCCCCUCUCAUGCCUUCCCCCUCUCAUGCCUUCCCCCUCCCAUGCCUUCCCCCUCCCAUGCCUUCCCCCUCUCAUGCCUUCCCCCUCUCAUGCCUUCCCCCUCUCAUGCCUUCCCCCUCUCAUGCCUUCCCCCUCUCAUGCCUUCCCCCUCUCAUGCCUUCCCCCUCUCAUGCCGUCCCCCUCUCAUGCCUUCCCCCUCUCAUGCCUUCCCCCUCUCAUGCCUUCCCCCUCUCAUGCCUUCCCCCUCUCAUGCCUUCCUCCUCUCAUGCCUUCCCCCUCUCAUGCCUUCCCCCUCUCAUGCCUUCCCCCUCUCAUGCCUUCCCCCACUCAUGCCUUCCCCCUCUCAUGCCUUCCCCCUCUCAUGCCUUCCCCCUCUCAUGCCUUCCCCGUCUCAUGCCUUCCCCCUCUCAUGCCUUCCCCCUCUCAUGCCUUCCCUCUCUCAUGCCUUCCCCCUCUCAAUGCCUUCCCCCUCUCAUGCCUUCCCCCUCUCAUGCCUUCCCCCUCUCAUGCCUUCCCCCUCUCAUGCCUUCCCCCUCUCAUGCCUUCCCCCUCUCAUGCCUUCCCCCUCUCAUGCCUUCCCCCUCUCAUGCCUUCCCCCUCUCAUGCCUUCCCCCCUCUCAUGCCUUCCCCCCUCUCAUGCCUUCCCCCUCUCAUGCCUUCCCCCUCUCAUGCCUUCCCCUCUCAUGCCUUCCCCUCUCAUGCCUUCCCCCUCUCAUGCCUUCCCCCUCUCAUGCCUUCCCCCUCUCAUGCCUCCCCCUCUCAUGCCUUCCCCCUCUCAUGCCUUCCCCCUCUCAUGCCUUCCCCCUCUCAUGCCUUCCCCCUCUCAUGCCUUCCCCCUCUCAUGCCUUCCCCCUCUCAUGCCUUCCCCCUCUCAUGCCUUCCCCCUCUCAUGCCUUCCCCCUCUCAUGCCUUCCCCCUCUCAUGCCUUCCCCCUCUCAUGCCUUCCCCCUCUCAUGCCUUCCCCCUCUCAUGCCUUCCCCCUCUCAUGCCUUCCCCCUCUCAUGCCUUCCCCCUCUCAUGCCUUCCCCCUCUCAUGCCUUCCCCCUCUCAUGCCUUCCCCCUCUCAUGCCUUCCCCUCUCAUGCCUUCCCCCUCUCAUGCCUUCCCCCUCUCAUGCCUUCCCCCUCUCAUGCCUUCCCCCUCUCAUGCCUUCCCCCUCUCAUGCCUUCCCCCUCUCAUGCCUUCCCCCUCUCAUGGCCUUCCCCUCUCAUGCCUUCCCCCUCUCAUGCCUUCCCCCUCUCAUGCCUUCCCCCUCUCAUGCCUUCCCCCUCUCAUGCCUUCCCCCUCUCAUGCCUUCCCCCUCUCAUGCCUUCCCCCUCUCAUGCCUUCCCCCCCUCAUGCCUUCCCCCUCUCAUGCCUUCCCCCUCUCAUGCCUUCCCCCUCUGAUGCCUUCCCCCUCCCAUUUGUCUUAG